CUCUUUUCCCGGCGGCCCGGGCCGGAAGGGCAGGGCGGGCGGACGGGGUGCUGCGCACACUGCGGCACGCGGGGGAAGAUGGUGGCCACGCGGCGAGCAGCGCGGCGCGGGCUCGAGGCCGCUGCCCCGGCUGCGGCAGAGCUGGCAUCUGCUGAAGUUAGUACUCCUGUUUCUGCAAAGAUGUCCAGGAGAAGAACUAAAGGAAACUCUCAGCCAGAAAUCAUUCAUGAAUCUCAGGAUGAGGGAUUGGAAGAUGCUGAAACAAAAUCAGACCUGGGUGAUCCCUCUGAGGCACAAACAACUAAGAAUAGAGACAAAAAUGUGAAUUCAGCAAAAUCAUGUGUUGAGCCACAGGCUGAUGGAGAUGAAGCAGAAUCAAAUUACUCUGCCGUGUCCGAACUUGAGACACCUUUAUUCAUAAGGAUAACAAGGAGAAGACAAAUCACAAUUCCUUAUCAACCAGAUUCACCAGCCAAAAAUAGGCCUAGCAAGGCAGCUCUUCUAAGUGAAUUAAGUAAAUCUCAAGAUGAAGAUGUGUCUGAAGCUGAGUCAUGUUCUUCAACUGUAUCUGGCGUCUGUACAACUAGUGCUACAAGAACUACGAGAAGCAGGAAAUGCAAAGCUAAACUCCACCCAGAUCCAGUUUCUGAAGCCCAAGCUGAAGAGGUUUCUGAUGCAGAGUCAUGGUGCUCGGGUCUUUGUGUGGAGCCAACUGUAACUACCAAAAGAAUAACUAGGAGUAUGCUAAUGAAAGCGCAAGCAGAAACCAUUAGACAAACAGAGAAAAAAGUUAGUGAAGUUGGGCUGGAAGAUGAGACGUUAACUGAGGACAGAAUUAAAUCCCAACCAGUAGACAUAUCUGACUGUGAACGUAUCACAAAAUCUGAUCCUGAUACAGAGCAAGCUUCCUCUCUUUCAUCUAAUAGAUACAUCACUCAGAGUAAUAAACAACCCAGCCCCUGCAAGACCCAAUGCCAGACUGAAUCUGCCAAUACAAACCCAAGUGAUGACCCAAAACAAGUUUUAAUUGAUUCAACACCCAGCAGUCCUAAAGAAACAGGAAAAAGAUGUACCAUAGAAUCUCCUAAAAAAGAAACAAUAAAGGAGAUUGAAAUUGUAGAUAACUCAGAGGAAAUGUUAGAAAAGGAGAGAGACAUAACUGGAAAAGAAUCACAGUUGAAAAGUGCUUCCCUUUUUCUAUCUGACCAUGAGAGCCUUGAUGAGUCCUUUAAGUCCCAAAGGCAGACAACCCCAAGUAAAAGCAAAAUAAUUCCAGAACAGCAAAAAGCAGAUAUUGGGGAGGCUACACAGAGAUCUUUCACCCAUGCAGAUGAAUUAAUGGUAGCAGACAAGCCAACUAGCACAACAAGCAGCCCACAAAAGGGCAUAUACCUAUCACCAGUUGGUGGUGACAGUGAUGGUGACUGCAAAAUGUCUAUCAAUGUAGACAAUGGUGAAAGUCAAGCAGAACUAGUUACUAAAUCCUCCCCACAUGUAACCAAAAGAUCAUGUGAUAAAAAGGAAUCUGCUGUGUUGCUCCUGAGCAAUGAUGAGAGUGAUGAAAAGGAAAACAGUGAUGUGGAAGAAGUGAGUGAUGUAGGAGAAAAUCUGUAUUGUAAAGAGACCAGAAAUCAGAAGUCAUCCUUGAACAAAUCUUUAGAAAAUGACUCAUCACAUGGAGAACUGUUUGUAAUUGACACAGAACCUGGUUUGGACGGCAACAAAAAGUAUUACCUAGAACAGGAAGAUAGAAGGAGCGAUGCAGAAAGCAAGGAUGAAGAUAGAAGGAGCGAUGCAGAAAGCAAGGGUGAAGAUAGAAGGAGCGAUGCAGAAAGCAAGGGUGAAGAAAGUGAAAGAGAUGAGUCUUCAGAUCUGGAAGAUGAGGAGGAGUUCAUAGAUGAGGAUGAACAUGCAUAUUUAUUGAAAAAGAAAAAGCCUAAUAUUUUACAUCUAUCAAGCAGCAUAGAUCCUGGUCUAAAUAUCAAGAGUCUUGGAGGCUUAUAUAUUAGCUUUGAUGCAGGAAAACAAAAAGCUGGCUCAAGUGCAAUAAAACAAUUAAAGGGUGAAAAGAAAGAAGAGCUCUUGCAGAAGAGUAUAAUAACUCCAGAUUUUGAAAAAAAGGACUGUGUUCCACCAUUCAGGGAGUCAAUCCAUCAGAUAAAGAAACAGCGCAAGGCAGAGCGAGAGAAAACAACAGGUGAUGGCUGGUUUGGUAUGAAAGCUCCAGAAAUGACAAAUGAAUUGAAAAAUGAUCUAAAGGCUCUGAAGAUGAGGGCUUCCAUGGACCCCAAACAUUUUUACAAGAAGAAUGAUAGAGAUGGUCUGCCCAAAUACUUUCAGGUUGGAACUGUGGUUGACACUCCAAUAGACUUUUACCAUGCUCGAAUCCCCAAGAAACAAAGGAAGAGAACCAUUGUUGAAGAGCUGCUUGCAGAUUCUGAGUUUAGGAGAUACAAUAAAAGGAAGUACCAGGAGAUCAUGACUGAAAAGGCAGCUCUUGCAACAGGCAAGAAGAAUCGGAAGAAGAAGAAAUUUCACAAAUAAGCCUGGGAGAAAAUAACAAGAUGAAACUUUUUUUGUUUUGUUUUUUAAUUAUAAAAUUGUUUACAGAACAUUUUGGUGAUUGGUUUAAGAUUGAAGAUGUCGUACUGACUGAGUUAGGGCAGGGCUGGCCCUGUUUUUGCAGUAGUAUUUUGACAGGGGAGAAUGAGAUUUGAGAAAUGCAAUGGGAUUUUGUUCUGUGGACUGGUAUAGACAUGCAAGAGACAGCAUCAUUCAUUCUUCAUAGAAAAAGGAAAAACCAGAGAACCUGUACAAAUAAAUAGUAGAUAGAAAUGGUCACGUGAAAGAGCUGGGAUUAAAAUACAACCUUUUUUUUUUUUAAUGGAAAAACCUUUAUUAAAAACUGCAAUCCUCGGUUUUUUAGUUUUGUGAGAAACUAGAAAACCUGCAGGCACUUGUCACUAAAGACUCAUAGUUACUGACGGAGUUUAUAAAAACAUAUGUAUUCAACCUACAGUAAUCAGUGACUUUUUAAAAUCUCAUUGAGCAACGAUUCAGAUUCUGAGCAAUGAUGCUUCAAAACCGUAAACUUACACCUGGUAAAAAUAACAUUCUAUUAUGUGUUAUACAGGAAAAAUAAAUUGUCCACAAAUGGAGAUGAGUUUUAACUCUGAUAAAGCCACCUGAAAUCUGUCAUCUUUAAGUGGAUGUUCAUAUACUAUAUUGGUCUAAUUUAAUGUUAACUUAAAGGGUAAAAAUGUAGAUUUCAAGGUAUAGUGCCAAACGUAAGGCAUCAUCACUUUUGCCUACUUCUUGGUCUCUGUAGAGUCUAGCCCCUAUUUACAUAAUUUAUGAAGCAGUUUCUGUUGAAAGGAGCUUACAUUUAAUCUUUCUCUUGUUACAUUGCUUAAUUAAGUUAGUUGUUCCUUAUCCAUUGCCUCAGUAAGAGUUGUUGCUGGGCUAUUCUUUAGCAGCGGUUAAUGAGAAAUGACUUGUGCAUGGAUAUGACUCUUGCAUGCUAUUUUAAAAGUAAUUCUCGUUCGGCUUGAUCUCUGGUGGUGGAGUUUUCCACAUCUGAAGACUGAACAUAGCAUGGUGUAGAUUAUCCUCCAGAUUCUACAUAUCUAACUUUUUUUAAAUCCACUGGUUUUUUUUGUUGAGGGUUAUGUAUUUUUACCACUUGCCUGUUGGUUAGCCAUUAAUGUGAAAUGACUCCCUGGGGUCAGUCAGUUUUCUAGUAUACACAGACUACCACAAGUGGUAUUAUGGUAAUUUCCAGUCUUGUUGGCAGUUUUAGUUGAGAAGCUAAGAACUGAAUGGAUGAGGAGAGAGAACUCUUUUCAACCCUAGUGAUAGUCCCUCCAAAUCAAGAUUGAGGGAAACUGGUACAUAGAUGUGGAAAGCUUGCACUGCCCCUGCAGAUUCUGUAGGUGCCAUGCACUUCAGUUUCCCAGCCUGUCAGUCCAUCACCUUGCAUAAUCACAUGUAUUUUCAGUAAAAGUUUAAGCUUUUGAAUGACCCCUACAAUAUUUUUGUACUUCUGUUGCAGCUAAUAUAGUUCAAAUUAAUUACUAAUGUUAGGAUAGAGAAUAACACAGAAAAUGUAAUGGUAGAACAGAAGUUGAUGGUAGGAAAUUACUGGUACUUCAUUCAACAAUAGUGGGAUUGUGUGGGGUGGACUGUCCAGGAGAGGAAAGGGAAAGAAAAACUGAGAAAAGAUGAUAAAAGUAAAAUGUGUAGAGAUGGCCUUCAUGGUCCUAUUUUAUAGCUUCUGACAAAAGGAAAUAUGACUUAAAUAGUGUAGUAAAAAAAUUAAGAGACUGGACAUUUGUGUCUGAAAAUGUCCUCAGCUCUGAGCAACCAAGAUAGCCUUAGAAGAGCUUCCAACCCCCAUGGCUCAAGCCAUACACUGAUCACCAACUGAAGUUAGGAAGAAAUUUUCCCAUGUCUCUCUCUUGCAUUUAUGUUUUUUCUAAAGCAACCCAGCAUUAGUCACUAUUGGAGACAGGCUAGGACCAAGUUUUCGCAUUUUGAAACUGCUAAGUUAAAGUGUCAGGUUCAGGACAUACAAAUACAGAUACCCAUCACUCCUGUAAAUCUUGGCUGAGAUGUAGUUCUGUUCUACUAUCGUCAUUCCUGUAUUUGUAUCUCAGACCUGUGCAUACAUCAUUGACGAUAAUGCAAGAACAAGGAAAUACAACCAGAACUGUGCUCUCUUGUGCUCUGUAAGAUAUGUGGAGGCAGAAGAAUAUCAAUAUUGGACAAACAGGAAAGAACAAAAUUGGAAUAAGAAAAGUUUUGAAGUGUUUAAGAGUAUUAUGAACAAUGGUCAUAUGAACUUGUAUAAAAUUAUACAGAAUUUUUGUAGCUAUUUUUAAAAUUAUUUUAAUUAGAAUAUAUUUUCUGUGCAAAGAGUUUUUGUGACAUUUUAAAAUAAGAGGAAGAUGUGGUAUCUUAAAUUAAAAGCUAACUUAUUGACUAUGCUAACAUUAUUAUCAAGGCAUAAUAUCAUGCCUGCACUAUUUAUACAAGACUGAUAUAAAAGGUAAGAUACUAAGAAAGUGUUAAAAACUGUUUAAAUUUAGAAUUAGAACAUGAGCACAUUGCUGCAUUCUUGAGUUCUAAUUAAAGAAUACAUUAGCUCUAUUACAUAUUGUGCCAAAUGGAAGCCUAUCAGGAGGCCAAAUCACUGAUAAGCAACACAGAUAAAACAAGCCUAUAGAAAAUAGAUUUAUAAAAGAACUGUGUUUUGAGAAACUUAAUUUUUGUGUGUGUAAACAGUAUGUAAUAUACUGGUUUCUUUGUUGUUCUGUACUGGAGUGACCUGCUCAGAUAUUUCAGUUUGUAAUCAUACUGCUUUCUAUAGGCUGGCCUGAAAACAUAAGCUCUACUAUUGCCAAGAGAGAUUCCUCUUUAGUUCAAGGGGUAGAAACCUGUGAUUUUUGGUGCAGCAGGUGAUGUGGUUGUUUUCUAUAUACAGUAUGCACUUGCUGAUGGCCUAGGUGUCCCUAGACUGUUGCAUGUUCUCUGAAUAUUAGGAGUAGAUUUGUUUUCUUGUACUCCUUGCCAGUCUAUAUCCAUCUUUUGUCUCUUGUCUUAAGCUCUCUGGGACAGGGACUGCCUUUUUGUUUUUUAUUUGUACAGUGCCUAGUACAAUGGGGUCCUGGUCCAUGAUGAGGGCUCCCAACCAGUAGUGUAAUACAAAUAAUAAAAUCUGAUUAUUUA